AUGGCUGUCGUUCUAUCGUCAGAGGAGAACACCUACUUCUCCUCUUCCAACUUGCGUCGGUCGCACUCCCAACCCAAGUUCGUAACGAAACAGUCCGGCUUUCACACUUCCGCUUCUGCAAGUCAAAUCAGCGACGCCUUUGCGGAUUCGAAGGUGUACCCCGACUCUGCGCCAUCUUCUGCUCCGUCCUCUCCUAGAACCGCCCAUGCCGAGUCUACCGAUUUGUCUUGCUCGUCAACGCCCGCCAGCAAUGUCUCCAUCGCCUCCGACUGCGACGACACAUUAGACCUCGCCGUGCAUGCCAACGACCACUUCGUCAUUCCUCAUUAUGGGGAGUCCGGCUACUUUGAUCAGGUAGAAGACCUCGAACCACCAACAAGUCCCAGGACGGGUGACUCGUACACGGUUUCGCCUGUCGAUAACGACACCGAGGGCGACACGUCUCGGCCAAACACGCCAGAGUUCAUCCUUGACGUAGAACACGCAGAAGACGACACUGCGGUCCGCGCGCAACCGUCACGACACGUUGAUUACCUGUCGCACAACUGGAAAGAGGAGGAUAUUUGGUCAUCAUGGAAGUUUAUUGUGUCACGGAGAUCAGAAUACAGCAAUGCCGCCCGCUUAGAAAAUGCUUCAUGGAGAACGUGGAUGAAGGCCAAAAACAAGCUCAAGACUGUGUCGCCAGAAACGCUUAACUGGCUCAAGGACUGUGAUGUGACUUGGCUCUACGGGCCGUUGCAGACGGGUCCAAAUACGUUGAACCCUAUCAGCACCGACCCUAACAGUGCCAGGCUGACGAAGAACAACUCUUUCGUCAACAAAAAGCCUAUCCUCAAGAAGAGGAGCAUGUCGGAGAUCAUGCUGCAGAGGUCACUUUCCGCUUCCUCCCUGAUCAAGCAGGCCGCUGCAGCCGUCCAGGCCCAGGAGAAGGACGGCAGGAGACGACUCGCACGACCGACUUUGGAGCGUGCCUCAACCGACUACGUCACAUUCCCAUUUUCGUCAAGGAGGUUGAGCCGCGAGAGCUCAAAUCUGUGCCCGUCCAGCACCUCGUCUGGCAUUAUCUCACCUAGCAGUGAGAAGAGGCACAUCCACUUCAACGAGCAGGUGUCUCAGUGUAUUGCGGUUGAUAUAAAGGGUGAUGACGACGAAGAUGAGGAUGCCGACACGGAACGUUACGACAACAGCGACUCGGAUGAAGGCGCCAUCAUGAUGAAGAGGUCCAAGACCAAGAAGAAGAUGCCUCUCAUUAGGAAAAAAUCGGCAAAGGCAGCUGCCGCUGCUGAGGGCAAGACGAUCGCCAUGCUUCCGUCUACGACAUUGAAGUACCGAGAAGAUACGCCUGAACCACAAGAGACGGCAAUGAAGCACAGCACCGGCGUCUACCGAAGCCCCAUCAUGUCGCCCUCAUCUUCCCAAGAAACACUCCGACCAUCAAAAGGAUCUGGAAAGUUUUUGUUCGACGACGAUGAUGAGGAGGAGGAUGAUGCUCCCAUGGGCUGGCAAUCACCAACCAAGACCGACGACAAGUCAACGGGCUUACAGCGAUCAUCGUCCACCAGCAGUCUGAACGCCGAACCGGCUGGCAUGCGUAGGACCUCGUCAGGUAUGUUCAUGCCAUAUGAAGAGGGGGAAUCAUCUUCCAACGAAGGCAUCAUCGGCCGGGUCAUUGAUACAGUUAAUACAGCCCGCGACAUUGCUCAUGUUAUUUGGAACGUGGGUUGGAGGAAGUGA